AUGGCUUCGUCUCGUGAGGAACCCGCCGCCGCGAGCAAGGCGGCGGGUGCAACCGCCAGCUCAGCUGGGCCAAUCACCAGGAGCGCCCCCUCGGCGAGUGCGAGCAGCGGUAAGGUGGCGAAGGCGGGCGUCGAGUCGACCACGGCGCGGGGUCCGGACGUCACUCCACCCGUGGCGGAGGAGGAGAUGGCGGGUGCCGAGUCGGCGGCGGCUCGGAGCCCAGAUGACGCACCGCCCGGAGCGGGGAAGGAGCAGGGCGCUGCGGAGGGGAGCGGCCUGUCGGCGAAGAUGAGGGAGCGCCGGACUAAAGCCGCCAGGGAUCACGCUCACCCCAUCAGCCCCGAGGCGCCGGCCGAGGAGACGCCAUCGACCGAGGCGAUGGCGGAGGUGAAGCGUCUGACGGCGCUCGUGGAGGAGGCGGCGAAGAAGAACCGCCAACUCAUCGCCAUUGGCAAGGCGCAGGAGAGGGCGCUUGUCGAGGCCCGCGAAGGGUUCGUGAAGGAGUCCUUCUAUCGGGAGGCUCAAUUCCGGGCGACCCAGGCUGAGGAGGCGAAGAAGAAGGCGAAGGCGGAGAUCGCGGACCUUACAAAGGUCCUGGAGGACAAGAGUAAGGAGCUGGAGGACGUCAUCGCCGAGUACAAGGGCAAGCUUGAGGCUGCGGCGGAGGACAGGGACACAGCCCGGGGCGCUACGGCGGCGCUGCGGGAAGAGCUUGCGGCCCUGAAACAGCAGCACGCUAAGGAGCUCGCCACGGAGAAGGCGACGUCGAAGGGUGUUGUCUUGGCGGUGCAAGCCGAAAAGACCAGCUUCGAGGCCUUCGUCCGCGAGAUGUCGCGGCAGCUUCUUGUGCAAGCUCAUGGAGUUGGCGAGUGCGUCAAGGCUGCGACCACGCGCAUCAUCGCCUGUGCUGGCGAGAUUCUGGCGGCGCUCCAGUUCCUUAGUCCGCGGGAGGUAAUUCCUCGCGACGCGCCAUCGGUCCUCAAGGCCGUCUCCGACAUCCCGGCGGUGGUCGACUGGCUCCGCCGAUCUUCUUGCCGGGUGGGCGUUACCAUGGCGUUGAGCAUGGUACUUGCCCACUACUCGGAGGGCUUCGACGUGGAGGAAGUGACGGCUGGCUUCCCAUCGGAGACCGGCGAGUUCGAUGUCGCCGAGGUGCUGCGGCUGAUGGAGGCGGUGCGCCCUUAUGCUGACCGAGUGCUGGCGACUGCGGACUUGGAGACGCACAUCGUCAGCCAGUCUGCUCCUGAGGAUGCGGAGAAGGAGGCGGGCCCGAAGGACUUCCCUGCCGAGCGACUGUUCCAUGCUGCGGCCACCAAUGCCUUGUCCACCUAUCCGGUUGUCCGGUACACCCCUAAGUUCCGCCAUGGGAAGGAUGGAGCCGAGCCGGGGAUAGAGGAGAACCCGGGGCCCUCCAAGUAG